CCGCCAUCCCGGCCAGAUAAAGGAGCCGAGUCCAAGAGGGUAGAGAGACCCCGCCCCCCUGAGAAGAGAAGCCGCAGCCCCUGCAGGACGGGGGUAAGAACGACAGACCGAGGGAGCCAGACUCCUGGGUCCCCGAAAAGGGUUGCUGAUGGCCUGCGUCGCGAUGGGUUCCACCGCCACCCCCGAGGGUGCGCUGGGCUACGUCCGCGAGUUCACUCGCCACUCCUCCGACGUGCUCGGCAACCUGAACGAGCUGCGCCUGCGCGGGAUCCUCACUGACGUCACGCUGCUGGUUGGCGGGCAACCCCUUCGCGCUCACAAGGCGGUUCUUAUCGCCUGCAGUGGCUUCUUCUAUUCCAUCUUCCGAGGCCGCGCGGGCGUGGGGGUGGACGUGCUCUCCCUGCCCGGGGGCCCCGAAGCCGGGGGCUUCGCUCCUCUCCUGGAUUUCAUGUACACUUCACGCCUACGCCUCUCUCCUGCCACUGCGCCGGCUGUCCUCGCAGCCGCCACCUACUUGCAGAUGGAACACGUGGUCCAGGCAUGCCACCGCUUCAUCCAGGCCAGCUACGAUCCUCUGGGCAUCUCCCUGCGGCCUUUGGAGGCAGAACCGCCCACGCCCCCAACGGCCCCUCCAUCAGGCAGCCCCGGGCGCUCCGAAGGGCAUCCAGACCCACCUACCGAGUCUCGCAGCUGCAGUCAAGGCCCCCCCAGCCCAGGCAGCCCAGACCCCAAGGCCUGCAACUGGAAGAAGUACAAGUUCAUCGUGCUAAACUCUCAGGCCUCCCAAGCGGGGAGCCUGGCCGGGGAGAGGAGUUCUGGUCAACUUUGUCCCCAGGCCAGGCUCCCCAGCGGAGAUGAGGCUUCCAGCAGCGGUGGCAGCAGCAGUGAAGAAGGACCCAUUCCUGGUCCCCAGAGCAGGCUCUCUCCACCUGCUGUCACGGGACCAUUCAAAUGUGGGGCUCCAGUCAAUACCCCCCAUCUCCUCACAGCCCUGGCUCAAGAGACCACUGGAUCACACUCUGGGCGGGCCUGCCCACCACCAGGAAGUGAAUUUUUCAGCUGCCAGAACUGUGAGGCGGUGGCUGGGUGCUCGUCGGGGCUGGACCCCUUGGCUCCUGGGGAUGAGGACAAGCCCUACAAAUGUCAGCUCUGCCGGUCUGCCUUCCGCUACAAAGGCAACCUGGCCAGUCACCGCACGGUGCACACAGGGGAGAAGCCCUACCACUGUUCCAUCUGCGGAGCCCGCUUUAACCGGCCGGCCAACCUGAAAACGCACAGCCGCAUCCAUUCGGGAGAGAAGCCCUACAAGUGUGAGACGUGCGGCUCGCGCUUCGUGCAGGUAGCGCAUCUGCGCGCGCACGUGCUGAUCCACACCGGGGAGAAGCCCUAUCCUUGCCCCACCUGCGGCACUCGCUUCCGCCACCUACAGACCCUCAAGAGCCACGUUCGCAUCCACACCGGGGAGAAGCCGUACCACUGCGACCCCUGCGGCCUGCAUUUCCGGCACAAGAGUCAACUACGCCUGCAUCUGCGCCAGAAGCACGGAGCUGCUACUAACACCAAAGUGCACUACCACAUUCUGGGGGGGCCCUAGCUGGGCGCCGCGCCCAGGUCCCACUCGCUUCCCGGAAGCCGGGACAGCUGCGGGCUCGCGCCUGGCUUCCCUGUCGGGCCUGGGCAUGCGGGGCGUGCAAGGCCCCUCGGGCGUCGGCAACGGCCACCGCCUUAAAUUCGCACUGGGGAGAGCAGGGGUGGCAGAUCUCCGCUUGAUCUGCCUCCGUUUUGCUGGUCAAAACCUCUUCCCCACAAUCCAAAUUGUUCCUGAGGCGACAGCCAGCUGGGAGCUGCGGGGGGAGACUGGAGGGAACGGCCCUCCACCUGCAGCCCCCCUCUCAUUUGGUUUCUCUGUAAAUAUAAUUUAUUGAGGCCUGUGGGUGGCACCAGGGCCUUCAUUCCACCGCACUUCCCACGUGCACAAGUGUGAUCAAACGUGGCCCGAAGCACAGUGUGUGGGGCCAGCUCUGCGGGCAGAGAUGAGCACUUAGCGGUCUCCUUCGGCUUGACUGUUUUAUGUUUAUUCUUGUCAUAACUUUCAUCUUUAGAGUUGUUGUUUCUCCUAUCUGUUUGCUUGUCAGUUCGUUGAAAGUGGAGAAAGGGUCUCUCUGUGUCCCGUCCCUCCCAAUCCUAGGUCUGGAACCUUAUUUGUUCUAGGGCAGCUCUGGGGAUAUGUGGGGUUGUGGACUUGGGUCGGGAACCCUCUUUGGUAUUCUGGAUAUUGUGGGUUCUCUAGCGGGCUAGAACUGCAUAUGGACUCUGCUCUGGUUCCAAGACUUAGAGGACCUUUUUUUUGGUGAGCCGGAAAUGGAAGUAAGAAGUGCUUCCUGGGGGCCAUGGAUGUGGGGGCUUUGGCAGUCUUGGAACUGGAGGGAGGAUUGGAAAGGCUUUCUCUUGCGGCCCUCACUGGCCCAUGAGUCUGGUCACCUAGGUUUGGCUCCACUGUGCCGAUCUGUCAUGAGUUGGGCUUUAGUUGAGCCCAGAAUCCUCCCCCUGGGGCCUGUUCUCAGCACUGGGUUGAUCCCCCGUCCUUAUCAGAGGUGACGCAACCUUUUCUGACUCUGCCCAGACUCUAAGAAUGCUAUGACCUGUGGGAGAAUUAUUAAACUUUAUCUUGACUAAGAGAUAAAGAGUCAUGACCAGUCCUUAACUGUAGAGGUAUCUGGGUUCCAAUGUUCCUUGGGGUUCUCUCUACCUGAGACAAGCGCCUUCUUCCUUUAGUGGGUUUUCAGACAUCUUCUGGCAAGUGUCCAGAUUCCAGAAACUUCUUUGCCUCUAGAAGUCACAGGUGCUUGGUAACUGUCUUACCUUAGAAAAGCUAGGUCUGUGACCUGGCCUUCCUGUCACUGCAUUCCUGUCUGGAACCGGUGGAUGCACUAUUACCUUCCACAGGGAGAGAAAAGUGGCUGAGUUCCAUUCUGGAUUUGCUGUGGUUUGGGAUUAUGACUGGGAUUACUGUUGGGAUUAGGGAUUUAGAAGAUUUAAAAGAGUAACUGACUGAUGGUCCUUCUAGUUGACCAAGUAUCUGGGUGGGAUUAAGAGGUUGUUUGAGCGGCACAGUCCCCGUUGUAGGCCCAGUAGGUAGAAAGUUGGGAAUGGGGUUGCCUCUUGACUAGAUGGGAUGUCUGGAAUGUGAGAUGAUAGAUACUCUGAAGCCUUGACUUACAGUCCUUCGCCUGCUGCCUUGGGAGCUGUUUGAUUGUGGGGUAUGGGUGGAGGGUGAGGAGCACUUUGAAUUUGUGGGGUGGGGCUUCCUCAAGAUAGGUCAGGACUAAUUACUGCCGCUUGAGGACAGGUGAGAAAGCAACUUUUACCAUUCCCUCUUCCUCCCCACUGCAGAACUGAAGUAGGGAGAGAAAGCAGAAGAGAGAUAUGAGAAGGAACCGUGAUUUUUUUUUUUUUUUUCCAAUUGGAUGGGCAGGUGAAGAGCGCCUAGGGGUGGAAAUGUUAGAUCUUGCAAGAUCAGAAUCUUGGAAUAAAGAAGCCUCUCUGUGCUGCCUGCUGCGUCCAGGAUUCUUGCCUGGGAGGAUCUGGGAACGGGGUGCAAUGGGGGCUGGGGGGGGAAGAAUGAGGGUUCAUCCCUCCUAGAUUCUGCCUUGUAUUCUGUGCCCAUUCGACCGCCCCAUCCCAUCAGACACUUUAAAUGGCCCUUGUUCUCCCCUUCCCUGCCCUUGCCUUCCGGCUCAUUGUGUAGGAACCCGUGACCUCACGAAGUUUGUCCGGAGCCACCUGCAUCCUGCUGCUCUGAAGUCACUUCCUGCCCGAGGAAUGGAGACAGCAGGGAGCAACCAGGAGGCCACUAAUAAUACCAAGAGGCUGGGGGAUGCAUCUGUGCUGGGGAUCUUAAUGCUUGGGACACCCCCUACCACCACCAAGGAAAAUGGAUAGGACUUGGGUCCCCUGAGGACAGUAGAGUGUGCAUAUGGCCGUGAGAAGGUGAAGCAUGUGGUUAGAGCCAACAGGCCAGCUCCAGCCCUCCCCCAGCAAUGGUGCCUUGGAAUCUAUCCAGUGCCCAGGGCCUGCCUCUCUCCCACCCUUUCCCUGUCCCGUGUGUGUCCUGGGUGUGCAGCUCUGUUCUGCUGUGGGCAGAGGGUCACAAUUCUGUUCAGUUACCUCCCUUUUGGACUUAAAUUCCUCAUCUGCGAAAGGCAAUUAAAGUGGCCUGCAGUUCCUGCCUACAUUUUCAGUUUGUGGUUGUGUUUCUCCAUCUUAAAACUUAUGACCUAGAUUAGAAAUAUUUCUAAGUAAAACAUGAAGCAAAGAACUUAAACUAAAACCUCCCUCCCCCUCCCACCCAA